AUGGAGUCUGCUGGCAUUCAUGAAACCACUUACAACAGCAUCAUGAAGUGCGAUAUAGACAUUAGAAAGGAUCUUUAUGCCAACAACGUGCUGUCUGGAGGCACUACAAUGUACCCGGGUAUUGCAGACAGGAUGCAGAAGGAAAUAACUGCUCUGGCUCCCAGCACUAUGAAGAUCAAGAUCAUUGCUCCUCCUGAACGUAAGUACUCCGUCUGGAUUGGAGGCUCUAUUCUUGCCUCCCUGUCUACUUUCCAGCAGAUGUGGAUCAGCAAACAGGAAUAUGAUGAAGCUGGCCCAUCCAUUGUUCACCGCAAAUGCUUUUAAAUUGCUUUAUCUUUAUAUGUCUACUUAGUAUAUUACUGUGAAUGUAUUCAGGAAAAUACAUUCUUAUAAUUUCAUUCCAUAAAUCCUUCAUCAUAAUGACUCUAAUUAAUUGGAUACUGUGUAUUUUUUGGAAUAAAUUUUAAAUAUGCUAUGAAAUUGCUGCUCCUAUUUAAAAAAAAAAAAACAAACCACCAAACCAACCGGCAACUGCCUUUGUGGAGAUACCAUUACAGCUGGUUUGAAGCUCCAUCUUGUGACACGAAUUCGUUACUACACUAUACUGGGCUUCGUAGCAAACAAGUGAUACCUUUUGCUCAAUGAUACCAAUGCUAGGAAAUGCUAAACUAUCAGGCUGCACGUCGUCAAAGUUUAGCCUCAGUAAACACUUUAGUCUGCAAACAGAACCAGUCUUGAUUUUUCCAAAGUUUGGGCAGUACCAAAGGAGCGUCGCAUCUGUUCGAUAU